AUGGCGUACACAGACGUUGUCGACAUGCACGCAAGAUAUGGCAACUAUUCAGUUUCCAACACUUUCGCAUCCAAUGAUUUAGUCCCUGACUUGUCGGAAUCUGACAUUCCUGCCUACAGCGCCGCAUUUGACGCCGACCCUUCUGCGAAAAGGCACGCCGCCUGCGACGAAUGCAGAAAACGAAAGCUGAAGUGUUCUGGUGAACCGACUGGCUGUGAACGAUGUAUCAAGCAGAACUUAAUAUGCCACUUCUCGCCGCAGAAGCAGAUGGGCCGGCCGCGCAAGAGAGUGAAGAUUGACGACUUUUCCCACAAAGCCACGAUGACGACCACUACCCAACCCCACUCCACUUCGAGUCAAAGCCAACCUCCACCUCCACCGGCUCCAGAACCAGCUAUCGACCCCGAAUUGUCUGGAAAUGCUAUUGAAAGAACCAACUUUGAGAACAUUUGCAACGCGCCGAUAACCCAGUCUAUUAAACGAUCCAGCGCGACCGCGAGAGCGCAAAGUGCUCCCGAAUCAAGCUCUUUCAAUCAUAGUGGCGGCGGCAGCGGAGUCACAUCACAAGGCUCGAGUAAUGCUUCUCCUUCUGACGCUCCUCGAACACCGCCCGAUGGUGAUGUUAUGUCCAGCGUCUCGUAUCCGACCGAUGUCUCGCUGUGGCCCGACUUUUCAGAUAUGACCAUGCUGCCGAUGCCGGUUCAAGACAGCCAUGAAAAGGACGAUUUUUCCUCUACCGACCCCUCAAUCACCCAUUCUCACCAUCAUGCCUCUCAACCCGUCGACCUCGAUGCGGAUCCCAGCACUCUGACCCAACUUCCCGCGGUUCCCGCGUGCCCAUGCCUCCCGAACCUCUACCUUACGCUCUCAACCCUAUCGACCCUCUCCGCCUUCCCAGUGUCGUCCGGCACAAUCGACACCCUGCUUAACGCGCACCGAACCGGCCGCUCAGUCGUCUACUGCAGUGUCUGCCCUCAAAAGUUCCAAUCAGGCUCCCAAAACGUCAUGCUGGGUAGCGUGCUGAUCACUGUACUGGCCGAUCACUGGCAACGGGUGAAAAAGGCCACCGCCAAGGAGUUAAGAAGUGGAUUUGACACGGAUUCUAGUUCGACCGCGGAUUUGGAUUCGGGGAACAUAUCAAUUCGUGAGGAUCUUGAGUGGCGGACGUUCGGGUAUAAUCUCAUUCGGGCAUAUGUCUUUGGCGACGCACCGAUACCCCAGGUACCAUACACCAAUUCCCUAUUUUCGAGCUUAUCGAAUCAGCGCCCGUACACGCUCUGUGAUUUGUUCGAUGCGUUCGAGCGGAGGCAGAAACAAUGGCACGGUCUGUUGCCAGGGUCGACUGAGUUCCCUCCACGGUUGACGAAUGAUUUGACCCGUGGACACACGGUGGGUAUGACGUUGAAGGAGAUUAAGGAGUGCGAAGCGGAGGUGCGAGCACAAGGCGACGAUGGCAUACUGUGUCUCCGCAUCGUCAAGCAUUCGAGGAUGCUGAUUAGAAGUCUGGAAGGGGGCCCUCCAAGGGUCGAGCUAUGA